CGUUUCCAGACGAAGCGUAGGCGCUAGUUGUUGACGGCGGGACUUUUGAAUUAGGAAUCAGGGACAGCGGACUGCGUUAAGAAAAAGCGUUCCUGUCGGACGGAGCCAUGUUGUGCGAGCAGAUCAGCGAGUAUGUAGACGUCAGCCGGGAGAUCGUCAAAGUCAUGGUGUCGGACUCCGCAGCUGGAGCCUUAAAGAAAAGCUUGGACCGACAGGAGGCCAUGAUAGAUUCACUGUUGGACACAGAGGUGCAAGCGUCGCAGCUUAUCCGAGAUCUCAUGGCCGUGGAAGAAAAAGUCGCACAGAAACUUCUGGACACAGAGGAAACUAAACAAAAAUCUUCAUCCAAGCUACAGAAAAUAGACCGAGAACUACAGGAGAGAAUGGAAAAGAAUGCCUCUCUGGAAUCCAGCAUAAAAUUCCUACAGAAAGAUCUGGAGGAGCUAAAGGUGAUGGAGGAAGAGAUUGCUGAUAUGCAGAGAGAGGCAGACGAAGAUACCACAACAGUCAUUCCCUCAGCAGUGUAUUUGGCAAAGCUCUUCCAUAAUGUGACGAAAAUUGACUGGGAUUAUAAUUGUGACCCCUCCCUCAUCAAAGGCAUUCACUACGGAGGAGACAUUGCUCAGCCAAUCAGCAUCGACAGCAACCAGCACUCGAAAAUCUUCAUUUGCAACUACCUGUGGAGCCUCUUGUCUACAGACUGGUAAUUCCCCGUCCACUGGAUAAUUUACUUAUUGCAAAUGUAGUAACUUUCUGAGAAUCCUGACUAUUUCCUGGGCUGGGCCAUAUCCCUGCAAGGCCACUUGCCCUUUCACCUGUUGGGUUAUAAGAAGCUGGAGUUGCUGCUCCUCUCUGCACUGUCGCUGGACUCGAACAUAAACACAUUAAUCUCUAACUUUCUUUAGCGCUUUUAAAGGAACAGUAACGUGACUACAGGAGGAGAUUUACUUUUGGGGAUUUUGAAGUUAAUUUCAGAUUCAUGUUUGUUUUUUAUUUAAUCUUAUAAAUCAUAAAAUUGCAUAAAAAAA